CGGUCGACUAUUUAGUCUCUUAUUCCAUGUAAUGAGCACCUAACCCUAAUGGCUGUCAGAAAAGCUUGGUUGUUGAAGGUCCUGCUGUGUGUCGCCACCUUCAUCGUGAUCAUCCUUCUCUGGGGACGUCGUCUAGAAACCCUGAAUACUGGACAGUGGCUUUCCUUUUCUCCUCUGGUGUCCAGUAGAACAGGGGUGGACUUCAGUCUGUUAAGUGAAGACCUUCUAGAGCCGAGUUGCCUGUCAGGACUAGGCCUCCUUAUCCUGGUCACCUCACAUGCUCAGCACCGUGCAUUACGGACCGCUAUACGGAAGACGUGGGCACUGCAGUAUGAAGACUCUGCUUACCCAUGGCAGGUGGUAUUCUUAGUUGGACGUCCACUAGAUGUGGAGCUAGACUGGCAUGUACACAGUGAGCAUGAGACAAAUGGGGAUAUUCUCAUGGGUAACUAUGUGGACACCUACCGUAACCUGACCUUAAAAGUUAUGCAUGGAAUUAAGUGGGCAGUCGAGAGGUGCCAGCCGCUCCACAUUCUGAGGACUGGCGACGAUUGCUACGUAAAUACACUUAAACUUCCAUCAUUUCUCAGCAAGCAUAGUCCAAGCAACAGGCUAUAUGUUGGUUCCGUCUAUCCAGAAGACAAGCGAUUAGUUAUACGAGAUCCAUCAAGCAAGUGGUACGUUUCCCAUCAGGAUUAUGAGCAUGAAGUGUAUCCGCCCUAUGCCAGCGGGAUCGGCUACAUUUUAUCCUUAGAUGCUGCUAAGGUAAUAUUACAAACCGCCAGAAGGGUUAAACCGCUGCCUGUUGAGGAUGCAUAUGUGGGCAUUUUGGCUGACAGAGCCCACAUCCCACCUCUCUCCAGUGCCAGGUUUGCCAAACACAAUGCCAAAUGGAGUACGUGUAACUACAGAUACUUACUGGUGAUCCACGGACUGUCACCAGAGGACCAGAUGUUGGCACAGAAGAACGUCCUAAGAACUAGAACUGCCUGUACUCAUAGCACUGAGGUGACACACUGGAAAUGACAUCAAAUAUCACCUACAAACCAUAGUUCUAUUAAAGCCAUGAGAACUACAGCCAUAUGGACACUGCAGAGUUCAAUGUGUCACAUAUCCUGGGUGUAAUCCUCUGUAUCUGCUCUUAUUCUGUGUAUAUAUAUACACUGCACAGUACAAUGUGUCACAUAUCCUGGGUGUAAUCCUCUGUAUCUGAUCCUAUUCUGUA